UAGGACAAAACACUAAACGGCGCCGUUACAUGUGUCUUCUUCUUCAGUAAAAGAAAAAAACUUGUGUUCUUCAAACUGCUGAAAGGUUUCAACUUUGAACACAAGAACGAAACUUCCUCGCUCGUUCUCCUCUACUAGCAUCAUCUGAGAUCCAAAUGAUUUGAUUCUACACCGACCUCCAGAUCACGGAGUCACGUUCAUGAACUUUUAAUAUUAUUCUAUCAAAUUCAAAUCACACUCGACCUUUCCUUCGUCUCUAGCAGAUCAGAGGAAGAAGAUAGAAACUUCAAAGUCGUUGUUGCUCUGAUUUGGUUUCUGACCCUUGUUUGACUUCGAGGUUGCAUUAUCCUUGGUCCAUGUUUUGGUAGCACGAGAGGAUAUGAGUCAUUGUAAAUUGCCGGCUCUAAUCCAAGCACAAGUCGAAAUGGGGUCGGUUAAUGAACUUGAGCAAAAGAGUCUAUUUAGAAAAGAAGAAGAAGAUGCCACGCAAGCCAAAGCAGCUUCUUUGAUGGAGCAAGGAUCACUCUCUCUGAGUUUCCCUGAACACGCAACUAAAUCGCCGAAGAACAGUGUUCUCAGGAGUAUUAAGAUCGUGAUUUUUUCUAACAAACUCAAUAUGUUGUUACCUUUCGGUCCUCUAGCGAUAUUGGUUCACUACAUGAUAGAUAGUAAGGGGUGGGUUUUCUUGCUGAGCUUAAUUGGCAUUACACCAUUGGCUGAACGUCUAGGAUAUGCCACAGAGCAACUAGCUUUUUACACUGGCCCUACUGUUGGAGGACUCCUAAAUGCUACAUUUGGGAACGUGACUGAACUGAUCAUAUCUAUCUUCGCUUUGAAAAAUGGAAUGAUACGUGUUGUUCAGCUGACGUUACUAGGAUCUAUUCUGUCUAACAUGCUGCUUGUACUUGGCUGCGCUUUCUUCUGCGGUGGUCUAGUGUUUUACCAGAAAGACCAAGUCUUUGACAAAGGAAUUGCAGUUGUGAACUCAGGAUUGCUUUUGAUGGCUGUAAUGGGGAUACUCUUCCCUGCCGUUCUUCACUACACUCACAGCGAGGUUCAUGCCGGAUCAUCAGAGAUGGCCCUGUCGAGGUUCAGCAGCUGCAUAAUGCUUAUAGCAUAUGCCGCUUAUCUCUUCUUCCAGUUAAAGAGCCAGUCUAAUAAUUCUUAUUGCCCUCUUGAAGAGGAAACAAAUCAGAACGAAGAAGCUUGUGGUGAAGAUGAAGAUCCUGAGAUCUCCAAGUGGGAAGCUAUCAUAUGGCUCUCGAUCUUGACUGCUUGGGUCUCCCUUCUCUCUGGCUAUCUUGUUGAUGCCAUAGAGGGUGCAUCGGUCUCUUGGAACAUACCGAUAGCUUUUAUCAGUGUCAUAUUGCUUCCUAUUGUUGGGAAUGCAGCGGAGCAUGCAGGCGCUAUCAUGUUUGCCAUGAAAGAUAAACUGGAUCUUUCCUUGGGAGUGGCUAUUGGUUCCUCUAUCCAGAUCUCCAUGUUUGUGGUCCCGUUUUGUGUGGUGAUUGGAUGGAUGAUGGGUGAACAGAUGGACCUGAACUUCCAGCUUUUUGAGACAGCGAUGCUGUUCAUCACCGUUAUAGUAGUAGCUUUCUUUCUCCAGGAAGGGACAUCGAAUUACUUCAAAGGGUUGAUGCUCAUUCUUUGUUAUUUGAUAGUAGCUGCCAGUUUCUUUGUACACGAAGAUCCUCAUGAAGAUGCUUUAUAAAUACCGUGGAAGAGAGUCUGUUGUGAAGCAAGGUUGGUCUUAACUAAAAAGCUGAUGAUUUCAUGAACACGAAGAUGUAGAUCUGAUUCUAAUGUGGCUUGUUUCCAUAAACUUGAAUUAAGUUAAACGUUUUGGAAGUUUUGUUGGAAUAAGUAAAGGUUAACUCCUUUUGGCUCCCUCCACAGUAAAAUUAAUAUCCUUAAAGUUACAAGUUUUGUUAAUUUACAAUGGUCUUAUGAAAAGUUUGGAAAUUGAUUCUUUGUGAUUUGUGAUUAUCCAUUUUUACGAACGAUAGUGAAAAUUAUAUCAGUAAAAAAAGUUCAUACGGAAUACCAGUGUACUGUACAUUAGUAAAAAGUUAACACGUAAAUGGUUUUCGUACUGAUUUCAGAUUAGACUGAAGUGAACUACUAAUAUAUACCGAGUUCUGGUGGCUAGCUCCAUCUGUUGACGGAAGAUAUCAAUGUUGUUUCGUGGAAACUAUCAACCAAGUCGUUGUAGUAUAGUGGUAAGUAUUCCCGCCUGUCACGCGGGUGACCCGGGUUCGAUCCCCGGCAACGGCGCAUUAUUUUUUGUGUACUUGUCCCGUGGGCUGUAUCUAUGACUGAAAAGGCCACGGACAUCAAUUUCUGCAAAAGCAUUAGGAAAUUUCUGAAUGCUAGAGAUGUUUAAAGAGGUAGAUAAUUUGAACAUUCUAGUAAAACACUCAACAAAAAUGUUAACUUUCUGAUUCAAUACCUUCACAGCUGAAUCCAUUAAACAUUGUUAUUGAAAGUUGAAUCUAAAUAAAGUAGUUAUAUUUUAAUGAGAUUGAUUAUAUUUACCAUGAAUUUGUUUAGUGCGAGUUUUAAAAAAAUUAAAAUAACUGGAUUAUUAGUUAUGGGACCAUUACCAUAACAAAACGACGUGGGUUUUUUUGGGGAUAAUAAAGUAGUGCACAGUAUGUCUCUGUGUCCGAAAGAUAACGUUAAUUAAAAAUAAUCUCUUUGAAAAAGACAAACAUGCCCUCAUGAAAUAAAACUGUGUGAAGAUUGGAGACGCAUCUAAAGCAAGGGUGAACAUGUAAAACAAUAUCUGAAAGCCAAAUCUGGUUUAUUAACUUAUUGACAUUUGGGUUAAUUCACACACUAGAUUCCGAUAAAGUUUUCGAUAAAUUUAUUUGGCUGUUCAAUCUCUCUCUCUCUCUCUCCUUCCCCGUUUCGAUCAUCAUUGAAGAUAUAUUAUUUUAAAUUAUCUAACAUGACCCCGAAAUUGAAAUUAGGAGGACUAUAUUUUCGGAUUUGCUCCUGAGAUUUCUCAGAAAACAAAAGAAGUGUGUGACGAUUCGGUUUCGGUUUGAUUCCUCCUAAGGUGCCUUUUAAGUUUACUUUCUAAAAAU